CCACCAUGAUCCCAUUCAUCCCAUGAUCCUUCAAGCCGUCUGCAAUGAUCGACGUCGUAUUUCAGGUACAACCAUGUACAGGCAAGUGUUCACGUACUUGGACAGGCGCUGGGUGACAUAUCCUUGACAACGGCCUCUACUGCAUGCUACAUAUGUACCCAUAAAUAUGUACACGUGUUUUCGCCCGUCUCACCCAAGCUCACGGUUCCGUUAAUACGAUAAUCACGAUUGGAACAAGAAAAGCAACAAGAACCAAACCGACGAGAUAGGGUGAAAAGGCCUUUUGUAAUCCGUAUCCGUCUCUCCCCUCGUGUCUGCCACGGCUCGUGCACCUCUCUCGUCGUAGUGCCCGCGGCCUCACCUUCUUCCGCCCCACCCCACCUCCAAUCCCAGCCAGCCACCAACCUGGUACGUCGAUUCAAUGUCGCAUACAAUCCUGUAGUCGCCAUUCUGUUGCGCCGCUGCAUCUCCUGUGCGAAAGAGUUAAGAAGAAGAAGAAGAAGAAGAAGAAGAAGAAGAAGACGCAGCCGAGUGCAAAGGGCCUCCUCAACGCCUGAAGCCAACACGAGAGCUGAACGUGGUGGGGGGGAGAAAUCCGCUCCACUUGGCCCACGCUAAGCCCACAACGUUGACCCGCCAGCCAGCGACCACAGUCCAUCCGUACCUAGUUCUCACCCUCAUCUUGUACAUACCACACCGACAUCGCAUCCGCCUUCAUGGUGCUGGAGACCCCUCUCCUCCGUGUGAGUAGGCCCGUGGCGGCCUGUCAACGAUGCAGGAGCGCCAAGAUCAAGUGUGACGGCAAGCUGCCUGCUUGUACCGCCUGUGAAAAAUCAAAUCGCGCCUCGGAAUGCUCCAGCACAAAUGACCAGUUUGCCAGAGGCAAAGAAAGGAGCUAUGUCGCUACCCUGGAAGCCCGUGUGGAGAGACUCGAGAAGAAGAUGGCCGAAGCCAGGGCCCGAAGAAAAUCCUCCUCGGUUGCCAUGAUUGAUGCCUCUGACCAACCAGCCACUCCACGCCGCUCAUCCGUCGAAACCGUCAAGGGAGCCAAGCAUGGAAGCCAGCGCGCUGAACGUCGCAAAGAAGCUUCUGAUAUUGACGAACUCGUGUCCGAUUUUGGUUUGCUGGCUGUCAACGCCACCGCUAGAGAUUUCUACGGUUUCACUACAGAAAUGUCAUACGCACGUUUGAUCCUGUCUGCGAGCUCUAAAGAACCAAUGCCCAUGGGUCUCACCAAGGCCCUUCCUCCGAAAUACGCUGCUACGCCCUUGAUUCAGCACUACGUGAACAAUAUCUACACCUUGCUCCCCAUCUUCGAAGAGGCCACUUUGUACGCCUGCGUGGAUUCCGUCUAUCAUCUGGACGGAAUCGGGAGGCCUUUCGAUUUCUGGGUCGUCCGAAUGGUGCUCGCCAUAGCAUGCCUGUCGCAGUCGGAACAGCGUGGAGAUACCUUGUAUUCGGAUGCUGUCGGCCAUGCCAAUGCUGCUCUAGAGCACGCUGAAAAGGUAUUGCAUCCGGGAUUUGUCACGAGUAUCCAGGCUCUCGUGUUACUGGUCAUCUACGCUACCAUGGACCCGCAUCAUUACGAUAGCUGGACUCUGAUCGGUGCAGCAUCAAGGGCCAUGGUAGAUUUGGGUAUUCACCAGGAUCCCUCGCGGAGCAUGCCCAUAUCCAAAUCCAAGCUGGAGAUUCGCCGCCGUGUGUAUUGGUGUGUGUACUCUCUCGACAGAUCGACAUCUCUAGUGCAGACUCGCGCCUUCUCCUUUUCGGAUGACUCAGCGCACGUGCAACUUCCCUUCCAUGGCGCAGCUUCUCCCUCGUCACGUCACUCCUCACCGCAGAGUCAAGUGUUCCUCCAAUCAUUCGAUUCCGCGCUCGAUUUAUUCAGAAUCCGUCAGAUCCAGUCGGAAUGGUACAUGGAUCUCUUCCAGUCCGGCCGAGAUCAAUGGCAUGAUCCUUACCCUUACAUAUGGAAUAUGUACAAUCGCAUGUCUGAAUGGUUCAAUGACAUGUCUCAGAGCACCCUUCCGGCCCUCAAGUCCUUCUUCGAACUUGAGCUAUUGUACAGCUACGUUUACAUUCUCUCUCCCAGUUCGCGUGUACCCCACAUCCACGAGUAUGCUCAGCGUCUCAUCUUCGAACACUGCAUCGCAUAUGCUACCAACCUUCUUGCCAACAUCUCCAACCCUUCCAACACCACAAAACCGCCAGUCACCUUCUACGAUGCCAUGCGGGCGUAUAUGACAGGGAGACAGUUCGUCGACGUCCUAUCCCGCAACCUGGACGUGAUACUCGAUCCGCGGCAACCGUCACCUCCUGCCCCCUCUGCACCUUCAACUCCAGCUGACGAUCCAUUGGCACCAUCUGUGACAGCGCAGCCACCCCCCUUUCCUACACCGCUUCUAUCCGACGGUCUUUCCGUGCCACAGGAGUCCCCAGUUCGAGCCAUCAACGCCAUCAACGACUUCACCACCAUACUCUCCCGCUUCGGCCUCCGUUUUGGCUUCACACAUUGGCGCGACCGAUUCCAACGGGAGUCAGGCGCCGUUCUCGCCCAGCUCUAUCAACGCUCUUCCAUAUCCCCGCAUCCAUCCCCUCAAGCACUUCACACUCCCGUUCAACCUUCGUACGCAGCGCAAUCUUGGAUCCCCAUACCUUCACCCCAGCAGCCACAACAACAACAGCAGCAGAUGUACUCGCACGGGCCGCCAGCAACGCCACCCUCUGCAUAUGCCCAGCAGCAACACAGUCCCUAUUCUACGAGCCCAUAUAACAACGGCAGCCAGUACACACCAUCUUCCGCUGCGAGUCAAGCCCCGGAAUGGACCACCACGCCGCCCAAUACGCAGACGAUGCCAGAUAUGCCGCCGCCCAGCGGAGGAAGAGUCCGACAAGCUUUGGUGUAUGGUUCGGGGAUACCCCAGCAGGGAUCCUCGCCGCACGAGCCGACUCAAGGGAACUGGGGAUAAAACGUUCACGUGUAUUCUUGAACACAUGAAGCGGGAUCUAUGACAAUUUUGGGAGCGGAACUUUUCUUCCGGGUUCAUAUAUUUCCUAUUGUCAUUAUGUGAUCCCUUGGUGACAUUCGUUGGUGUAUUGUAUAUAGGAGCUUUUCUUUUCUUCUUCGUAGUAUCGGUGGCGCAGACGAUUUCCAUGAUUUCCAUGAUUGAACGAUUCAUAUCCUGUCAGUACCAUUCAACAUUGCCAGUGAUUUAGUGCGUGUGUGCCUCGAGCAAUAACUUGUGUAAUUUUAUAUGCUCCGAACAAACAUUUAUUCAUGAUGUAGAGCCCUUUACGUGUCUAAAUCUACACACCCGCUCACCUAUGCACAUCAAACGUCAAAGGCAGAAUAAUCCGUUGCCCGCACCCACGAAAAGCAAGUGCGAAUUCAAAAGCCGAAAAGCCUAAGUAGGUCUUUUUAACUGUUGAACUAAAAGUGUGUUCUGGUAGUGUGCCACGGCCCAGUACUCCCAUGGUUUCAAUCGAAGCAACAACUUUUUAAAUCGUUGCAUUUCACGAAGCGGUUUCCACCGUUU